AUGGGAUCCUGUAUUGGCAAGGAAGAUGCCCCGGGUGCCACGACACCAGUUCACACAUCUUCCACUUUGGGACGGGACACAUUACCAAGUCAUCCACGUAUUCCAUCUGCUUCUGGGGGCAUUAUUUCUUCAUCGACGUUGACUUCUUCAAGUGGAAACGUAGUUGACAAAAAUCAAAAUGUUGCUCAAUCCUUAACAUUUGUGGCACUAUUUCAAUAUGAUGCACGGACGGAUGAUGACUUGAGUUUCAAAAAAGAUGACAUUCUCGAAAUUCUGAACGAUACCCAAGGGGACUGGUGGUUUGCAAAACACAAAGCAACAGGAAGAACUGGAUAUAUUCCUUCAAAUUAUGUUGCCAGAGAGAAGAGUAUUGAGUCACAACCAUGGUACUUUGGAAGCAUUCGACGAUUAGAUGCUGAGAAGAAACUUCUACAGAAUCUGAAUGAACACGGCGCUUAUUUAGUGAGAGAUUCGGAGAGUAAACAACAUGAUUUUUCAUUAUCAGUCCGGGAAGAUGAUAGUGUAAAACAUUACCGUAUCCGACAACUUGAUCACGGCGGAUACUUCAUUGCCAGACGUCGUCCAUUUGCCACGUUGCAUGAUCUCAUUUCACAUUAUCAACGAGAAGCAGACGGUCUCUGUGUGAAUUUGGGAAAGCCCUGUGUCAAGUCAGAAGCUCCACAAACAAAUACAUUCACAUAUGAUGAUCAAUGGGAAGUGGAUCGUCGUUCGGUUCGUCUCAUCCGCCAAAUUGGUGCUGGCCAGUUUGGAGAGGUAUGGGAGGGACGAUGGAAUGGCAAUUUACCGGUUGCAGUGAAGAAACUAAAAGCAGGAACCGCAGAUCCGACUGAUUUUUUGGCUGAAGCUCAAAUAAUGAAGAAAUUGAGAAAUCCAAAACUGUUAUCUCUUUACGCUGUCUGUACAAAAGAUGAACCAAUACUUAUAGUAACUGAAUUGAUGCAAGACAAUUUAUUAACAUUUUUACAACGACGAGGACGUCAAUAUCAGAUGCCACAGCUAGUUGAAAUAUCUGCACAAGUGGCGGCUGGAAUGGCCUAUUUAGAAGAAAAGAACUUUAUUCAUCGAGACCUGGCAGCUAGAAAUAUUCUGAUCAAUAAUGGGUUAACAGUGAAGAUUGCUGAUUUCGGAUUAGCGAGAAUUUUGAUGAAAGAGAAUGAGUAUGAAGCAAGAACUGGUGCCAGGUUCCCGAUUAAAUGGACUGCUCCAGAAGCCGCAAAUUAUAAUCGAUUUACAACGAAAUCUGAUGUUUGGAGCUUCGGAAUUCUUCUCACAGAGAUUGUCACUUACGGAAGAUUACCCUAUCCAGGAAUGACAAACGCAGAAGUGCUUCAACAAGUAGAUGUAGGAUACCGAAUGCCGUGUCCAGCUGGUUGCCCUCCAGCUCUAUAUGAUAUAAUGCAACAAUGUUGGAGAAGUGAUCCAGAUAAACGACCGACAUUUGAAACACUUCAAUGGAAACUGGAGGAUUUAUUCAAUUUGGAUUCUUCAGAAUACAAAGAAGCCAGUAUGAACUUUUAA